GUUUCUUGCAAAGACGAGAGGAGUGUCACAGUCUACAGUUGUUUUUCUCAACAAUCUCGAUCUUCUCUCUCUCUCUAAGAUUUUUUACACAAAUCGCUAGUUUUGUUCGAUUUUUAAGGAUUACUGAUUUUAUUUACUCUGAGCUCAGGAAUUAGGAUUUAGAGAUAGAAGAAAAGAGAGAGAAAGAGAGAGAGAGAGAGGUGCUUUAAUGUCUGUGAAGGUAGGAACUGUAUUUGGAUCCAGAUACAGAGGAAAACCAGUUGGAUAUCUGUCUCUGUCUUCUCCAAAAAUCUGAAAUUGUUUCUAGGGUUUAAUUGGGUAUUUGCUUAUAAUUCUAGGGUUGAUUUGGGUUUUCUCUAGUGAUGAUGAUGAUGAUGAUGAGCGUUGUGAGAUAAAGCAAUGGUUGAUCGUCGGAGAAGCGCAUUGGCUUUUGUGCCGCCAUUGUUGUCGCUGUUACUCUUCCUCGACUGUGUUUGCGCUGCGCAAUCACGGACACGAUUCGAGGAGCGGCUCACUCUGCUCCGUCUCCGGUCUUCUCUCGGUUUAAGAGGAAACGAUUGGCCGAUUAAAGGCGAUCCUUGUGGUGUGUGGAGAGGGAUACAAUGCGAUGAUAACGGAAGUAUCGUUGGGAUCAACAUUUCAGGUUUCAGGAGGACGAGAAUCGGUAAGCAGAACCCACAAUUCGCCGUUGAUCCGCUCCGUAACCUGACCCGUUUAGCUUAUUUCAACGCAUCUGGAUUCUCAUUGCCCGGUUCUGUCCCUGACUGGUUCGGUCCUGCUUUGUCAUCGACAUUGCGAGUCUUGGAUCUUAGUUCUUGCUCUGUGAGUGGUGUUGUUCCUUUCACUCUUGGUAACCUCACUAGCUUGAGGAGCUUGAAUCUGUCUCGUAACAGUCUCACCGGUUUGGUUCCUAGUAGUUUAGGUGAUUUGUCGAAUCUCUCAGAGCUUAACCUCUCUUGGAACUCACUCACUGGAGCUCUUCCUCCAUCUUUCAGCUCGUUGCUGAAUCUCACAACUCUUGAUGUCUCUUCGAAUUACCUUACCGGGCCAAUCCCACCAGGUGUUGGAUCGCUCUCGAAGCUUCUCUAUCUGAAUUUCUCAAGCAAUAGCUUCUCGUCUCCGAUUCCUCCACAGCUCGGAGAUCUUGUCAAUCUUGUUGACCUUGAUCUCAGCAUCAAUGCGUUGUCCGGUUCAGUUCCUAAAGAGCUGAGAAAGUUAAGGAAGUUGAAGCAAAUGGUGAUUGGUGAUAACCUCUUGACUGGAACUUUACCAGUUGAUUUGUUCUCUGGUGAAAGCCAAAUACAGACUUUGGUUUUAAGAGAGAAUGGUUUCUUCGGUAGCUUACCUGACGAGUGUUGGUCGUUGCCUAAGUUGCGGAUUCUCGACAUUGCCAAGAACAACUUCACGGGUCUGCUCCCAAAUUCUAGCUCCGAAACAAACCAGAAAUCUGCUGAAGUGGUCGAUAUCUCCUUGAACACGUUCUACGGGGAGCUCACAGAGAUUCUUAGAAGGUUCAAGGACAUGAACAUCUCUGGUAACUAUUUCCAAGGUAAGGUUCCGAAUUACGCGCUCAGGGCAAAUGUGUCUGUUACUAGAAACUGCCUUCAAGAUGUGAAGGGACAGAAGUCAUUGGAGGUUUGUUCGUCGUUCUAUAAGUCUAGAGGACUAGACUUUGAUGAUUUCGGACGCCUAAAUUCUACACAACCUACUUCGGGAAAGGCUUCUUCGGGGAUAAGUCGCAGAACAGUGAUUAUAUUAGCAGCAGUGGGUGGAGGAGUUGGUUUCAUUCUGGCUUUUGUUCUCUUGCCGAUUCUUGUGGCUCUAUGUAUACGCAGGAGAAGGAGAAGAGCGCAGAGAGGAAACGAUGAUAGACCUAAACCUGUUACAGAGGCUUCUCAGCCACCUAAAGGAGCACAGACUUUUGACUUGUCGCGUCUUGGGAAUGCGUUUACGUAUGAUCAGCUUCUCCUGGCAACAGAGGAGUUCAAUGAGGCAAGACUGAUAAAACGUGGCCAUUCGGGGAGUUUGUUCCGCGGUUUAUUGGAGAACGGCACACCGAUUGUUAUCAAGAAGAUCGAUACGCGGGAGAGUAAAAGCGAAGGGUAUAUAUCAGAGCUUGAGUUGUUUAGUAAAGCUGGACACCAGAGGCUGGUUCCGUUUCUUGGACAUUGUUUGGAGAAUGAGAGCCAAAAGAUACUUGUGUACAAGUACAUGAGGAACGGAGAUUUGUCUAGCUCUUUGUUCAGGAAAUCAGAUAACGAAGGCGAUGGGUUGAAGUCUUUGGAUUGGAUAACGAGGUUGAAGAUUGCUCUUGGUGCAGCUGAGGGUUUAGCUUAUUUGCAUCACGAGUGUUCUCCACCUCUAGUUCAUAGGGAUGUACAAGCAAGUAGCAUACUUCUUGAUGAUAAAUUCGAGGUACGCCUUGGAAGUCUAAGCGACGCAUAUCCUCAAGGUGAUGCUUAUCAAAGCAGGAUCUCUCGUUUACUCCGGUUACCUCAAUCCACUGAACCAUCCUCUUCAGGUGCAGCAAAUGCAACAUGUUCCUAUGAUGUCUACUGCUUUGGGAAAGUGCUACUUGAGCUAGUGACGGGGAAGCUCGGGAUAAGCUCGCCGGAAAACGCAGAAGCGAAAGCAUACAUGGAAGAAGCUCUGCAAUACAUCAGCACGAACGAGAAGGAGCUAGUGACCAAGAUCUUGGACCCUUCAUUAAUGGUGGACGAGGACUUGCUAGAAGAAGUAUGGGCGAUGGCUAUUAUAGCAAAGUCUUGCUUAAACCCAAAACCAACAAGACGGCCAUUAAUGAGACACAUUGUGAACGCGCUUGAGAACCCGUUGAAAGUAGUUAGAGAGGAUAACAACUCUGGCUCUGGCUCUUCAAGGUUGAGAACAAACUCGUCAAGAGGGUCUUGGAACGCUGCUAUAUUCGGCAGCUGGAGGCAGAGCGCGUCGGAUGUAACGGCGGCUCAAGCGGGAGGAGCAACAAGCGGUGGUGGUGGUGGUAACGGUUUGAGAAACUCUGGGUCGCAAGGGAGCAGUGGAAGGAACAAUAACAAUGGGAACUCAUCUUCUAGGAGACGGCAGUCUAGUGAGAUUGUGCCGGAGCCUGCGACGGCUUUCGGGGAAGAUUUAUAAGCUCACCGGUGAGAGCUAAACGGAGUGUUAGAGAGGAUAAAAAUUUACGAUUCGUUUCAUCGAUUCUUUGUGUCGAUAAUAACCGAGGCAAAGAGAGUCCUCAAGGUAGUAAGUAGUGUUAGAUGGAGGGAGGAUUUGUUUUUCUUUUUUAGAGUUUUUAUUUUCUCCUUUCUUUUUGUUUGGGGAUUAGGAGUGGUGGAGUUAGAACUGUAAUUCACUUUUUCUUUUUUAAUUUUGGUUUUUUUUUUUGGUUAAACCUGGAUUUUGUAAAUUGUAAUUCUUGGAGAUUGGGUUUUUCUGUUCGGUUUCUUUCUUAUUGAAAGGCCGGGAAAAACAAGGAAAGGUUGGGGGUUCGUUUGAAAGUUCUAGUUUCCACUCUUUCUUACUGGAUCUGAUACCGUACUUGUGA